GGAAGUCUCUCAACUCCAACAGUCUAACAUCCUACCUUCCACGCCUUUUUUCUCCUCUAUAUAAAUACCCACACUGUACUUUUCAAUAUUCUAAUUUUGCUCCAAACAAUCUCUAAAACCCAACUGUUCAAUCUCAUCAAAAACCCUAAAGCUUAUCAAUGGCGAUUCUCUCCGAAUACGAAGAGGAGGACCGUAAGAAGCCAUCGUCGUCGUCUGUGGCGAAGCCGUUUAGCGCCGCCCUCGACCCCUCGGACCCGUUAGGGUUUCUGGAGAAGGUGUUUGAGUUCGUCGCGAGGGAGAGCGAUCUGUUCAAGAGCGAUUCACUGGUGAGGGAUGUCAAUGCGGUGGUGAGGAUGGUGAAAGAUAAGUUGGAGGCGGAGGAGAGGAAUAAGAAUGAAGCAGAGAAGAAGGCUGCGGAGAGGAAGGCGGCGCCGGCGCCGGCACCGGCGCCGGUGAAGAAGGAAGAGGCUGUGAAGGUGAAGGAGGUUGUCAUGGCUGAUAAGGAGGCAGAAAGUAAACCUGAAGAGGCGGCGAAGGGGCCUCGAGCUCCUAACAAUUUAAACGGCCUCGAUAUGGAUACAUACUCUUGGGGCCAAUCUCUACAAGAGGUUAACAUUUAUGUUCCUGUGCCACCUGGAACAAAGUCGAGACUAAUUGUAUGUGAAAUCAAAAAGAAACAUUUGAAAGUUGGGCUCAAAGGUCAGCCUCCAGUUAUUGAUGGUGAACUUUUCAAUCCUGUCAAGGUUGAUGACUGUUUUUGGAGUUUAGAGGACCAAAAAACUGUCUCCAUUCUCCUGACCAAACAAGACCAGAUGGAAUGGUGGAAGUACGUGGUGAAGGGUGAGCCAGAGAUUGAUACUCAGAAGGUAGAACCAGAAAAUAGCAAAUUGGGUGAUCUGGAUCCGGAGACUCGUUCAACUGUUGAAAAAAUGAUGUUUGACCAACGACAGAAACAAAUGGGCCUUCCAACUAGUGAUGAAAUGCAGAAGCAGGAGUUAUUGAAGAAGUUCAUGGCUGAGCACCCAGAAAUGGACUUCUCGAGAGCGAAGAUCAACUAAGGAUACAAGCACAUGCCAUCUGUGAAACAUGCUUCUUGCUUCCCUCUUCUAUUUCUGGUUUUUGUUUUUGAGGAGCUAAGUACUCAGACUAAGAAUGUCCUUGUUUUUAGUCGUAUAUAUACUUUUUUGUAGAUGUAUCCAUACUAUUCCAGGUUUUCACUAAGUAGUAGGAUUCAAGUUUAUGUGAUA